AUGGAGCAGCAUACCAAUGAUACAGUCCAACAAUCUGCCCUGCGUCAGACGGCUAGCAAUAUCGAGAAAGGAUUACACAAGCAUUCAGAAGUUUCUGGGCUCGACGAUCCUGCCUUGGAGGGCCAAGCUGUUGGCUAUAGGGAAUAUCGGGAAGGUCUUGACCUAGAAGUAUCCCAUCGAGAGGAACGCAAUGUCCGAUGGAAGAUCGAUCUCAUCAUUUUACCCAUAUUUCUCGUCACGCAGUGCCUCCAAUUCAUGGACAAGACCGCCCUCAACUAUGCCAAUCUCUUCGGAUACCAAAAAGCUCUAAAUUUGAAGGGCACUCAAUUCAACUAUCUCUCAGCUAUGGUGUACGCCGGGUAUUUCUUCGGACAGUAUCCCUGCGGCUGGUUGAUCGGUCGUUAUCCUGCUCAGAAAGUACUUGGAAUUAGCUGUCUUCUCUGGGGACUUAUGGUCAUCAUUCUUACUCAGUGCCAUUCAUACUCCUCAGCAUUGGCGGUCCGAUUCUUUAUGGGUCUCUUCGAAGCGGCCGUGACACCUGGGCUAACUCUGAUGACUGGGUUCUGGUACAAACGAAGCGAAAUACCCCUCCGUCAAUGUGUCUGGUACUCCUCGCUUGGCUUCGGUGGUAUUAUUGGGUCCUAUAUCUCUACUGGAGUCUCCAAACUUCCUGCAGAUUUUUCACCACAACGAUGGCAACUUGUUUUCUACAUACUUGGUGGGGCGACCAUGCUAUGGGCUUUCGUACUGUACUUCUGCCUCGCGGAUACGCCGUCGAACGCUAGGUUUCUCAGUGAGCGUGGGCGUCUUAUCGCUGUGAAACGUGUUGCCGCCAACGAAACUGGCAUCAAGAACAAAGCAUUCAACAAAAAGCAGGCCAUACUAGCAUUUUAUGACCCCAAGGCCCUGUUGAUCUUCACCUCGGUUUUCGCUGCCGCGAUCCCUAAUGGAGUCAUCAACUCCUUCUCAACAGUCAUCAUCCGUGACAUGGGCUUCUCAACCACCAAGACAACCCAAUUGAAGUCUGUAGGCGACGCCGUACAGAUAAUUGCCCUCAUUAUCGGUGGCACCAUUACGCUGACUGUUCCAAACUCACGACUGCUGACCGCAACCGCAGCAAACUUGUUGUGUACCCUUGCCGCAGCGCUAAUGGCUUAUCUUCCACGGUCCAACACCUGGGGUCGACUGGUAUGCUUCUGGCUGGUCAAUUCACAGUCUGUCGGUUUUACCAUCUCCCUUAUAACUGUCAGUAGUAACAUGGCUGGUUAUACUCACCGCAGUCUUGCAAGCGCGAUGGUGUUCACGGCAUACUGUUGGGGCAAUUUUGCAGGACCGUUCGUCGUCAAGCAAAGCGAAGCACCUACCUAUCCUACGGCCACUGCGGGCCUCUUAGCAGGAUAUACUAUCAAAACUGCGUGCCAUUUGGCGCUUCUAGCAUACAUGUUUUUCGUCAAUAAACGACGUGAUAAGACAUACGGAACUGCCAACAAGGAGGCCAGUAAUGAAGCUGGAAUGCAAGACAAGACCGAGUUCGAAAAUAAAGACUUCCGUUAUGUUCUUUGA